AGAGAGAGGGAAAUCUUGACAUUCCCAGCUCGCACGUUGUUGUUUCGUCUGCUUUUAUUCUGAAGCAAAAUGCCGCCGGAGGUGCAAAUUACGAGCGACAGUGACUUGGAUGCAGUCUUAGAGGAGUUUAAGGCCAAGCAACCACGACGCCACAGCACUGGCCCCAAAUAUAACUGCAGCAUUGGCGGCUGUGACGCGACCUUCAAGCGCCUAGACCAUUUGGAUCGACAUGAAUACCAUCACACCGGCAUUAAGAGACACGCCUGUAACUACGAGGGCUGCAUGAAGAGCUAUACAAUAGUCACACAUCUGAAGCGUCAUCUGCGCAGCACGCAUGAGCGUCCGGAGGCGCCCCAGAAGAUUAUCAAAUGCAGCCUGCCAGAAUGCAGCAAGAUGUUUACAUCAGACAGCAACAUGCAGCGUCACGUGCGCGAGGCGCAUGAGUGCCCGCGCGAAUAUGCUUGCACCCAUUGCACAGCCAAGUUCAGGCAGAAGAUGAAGCUGCGCCGACACGAGAUCACCCAGCACACCCAGGAGUAUCCGUAUCGCUGCGAGAAGUGCUCGCGCGGCUUCUACCAGCAGUGGCAGCAAGAGAGCCAUCAGCGCAGCUGUAAACUCUACGAUUGUCCUCAAUGCGAGCUGAAGUUCAAUAAGUGGUCGCUGUACACAAAACACUGCCGCGAAGCGCUCCACGGACGUGAACGUCACAAGUGCGAGCACUGCGAGCGCAGCUACGUAAAGCCCGACGAUCUCAGGGCCCACAUCGCUGCCAAGCAUCCCGCAGAGAACGAGUCGACGUUCCCAUGCACCGAGCCCGACUGCAAUCGCAGCUACACAUAUGAACGCAAUUUGCGACAGCACAUCCUAACCGCACACUCCGGCAGACGCUUUGAGUGUCUGGCGGUUGGCUGCCAGCGCUGCUUUAGCAGCGCCCAGAACCUCAGCAAGCACUUGCUGCGCGAGCACACGGCCAAGGAGCGCUUGCCGGCGACAUUGAAGCCGCCAAGCCCAUGUCCUGACCUUAGCCCACAUCCGGUAGCGAAAUUAUCGCGCAAGCGUCGUCGGGAUGCUGGGCAGACAGCACGCUCUCACCUGUCCAAGCUAGCUGGCCUAGUGCUGGAUAAGAAUGUUGAUAAGGAGGUGCGUCAGCGCGAGCCUUUAGCGCUAACCAGCGUGUCCAAAGAGCUGCAGAAACAACAGUACCCCAUCGAUGAUAUGGAAAUGGAAGAACUUCUCACACGAACUCUGCAGGAUGACAACCAUCCGAAAUGCGCCGCAUAACGAGUCAGGAGAGAGAGAGAGAGGCUACAUAACUUCUAUGUUCACUUUGUUUACCAUUAGUAAAAUGGUUAAAGUAAUAAAUUCACAACUUAUUAUUAAGUUACUGUUACAAUAGACAAUUUACACGGGGAAAAUAAACAAAUAAACACUCUGAAUUCAUGA